AUGCCUCCGCGCGCGCCGCCCGCGCCCGGGCCCCGGCCGCCGCCCCGCGCCCCCGCCGCCGCCGGGGACGCGGGCCACGACCCGAGGGCCGCCGGCGGGCCCGGGCUCCGGCCGCUCGUGCCGCGCCCUUGGCGCUGGCUGCUGCUGCUCGCGCUGCCCGCCGCCUGCUCCGCGCCGCCGCCGCGCCCCGUCUACACCAACCACUGGGCGGUGCAAGUGCUGGGCGGCCCGGCCGUGGCGGACCGCGUGGCCGCGGCGCACGGCUACCUCAACUUGGGCCAGAUUGGAAACCUGGAAGAUUACUACCACUUUUAUCACAGCAAAACCUUUAAGAGAUCGACCUUGAGCAGCAGAGGCCCUCACACCUUCCUCAGGAUGGAUCCCCAGGUGAAAUGGCUCCAGCAACAGGAAGUUAAACGCCGGGUGAAGAGACAGGUGCGAAAUGACCCGCAGGCACUUUAUUUCAACGAUCCCAUCUGGUCCAACAUGUGGUACAUGCACUGUGGUGACAAGAACAGCCGCUGCCGGUCAGAAAUGAACGUCCAGGCGGCGUGGAAGCGGGGCUACACGGGAAAGAACGUGGUGGUCACCAUCCUGGAUGACGGUAUAGAGAGAAACCACCCCGACCUGGCCCCAAACUACGAUUCCUACGCAAGCUAUGAUGUCAAUGGCAACGAUUACGAUCCGUCUCCACGGUACGAUGCCAGCAACGAGAAUAAACAUGGCACUCGCUGUGCAGGAGAAGUCGCCGCCUCUGCCAACAACUCCUACUGCAUUGUAGGGGUUGCAUACAAUGCCAAGAUUGGAGGCAUCCGAAUGCUGGAUGGAGAUGUGACUGAUAUGGUGGAGGCCAAGUCUCUGGGCACCAGACCCAAUUACAUCGACAUCUACAGUGCCAGCUGGGGGCCGGACGAUGAUGGCAAGACGGUGGACGGGCCUGGCCGGCUGGCCAGACAGGCCUUCGAGCACGGCAUCAGAAAGGGCCGGCAAGGCCUGGGCUCCAUUUUUGUCUGGGCGUCGGGGAAUGGCGGCCGUGAGGGGGACCACUGCUCCUGCGAUGGCUACACCAAUAGCGUCUACACCAUCUCCGUGAGCAGCACAACCGAGAACGGCCACAGGCCCUGGUACCUGGAGGAGUGUGCGUCCACCCUGGCCACCACCUACAGCAGCGGGGCCUUCUACGAGCGCAGAAUCGUGACCACGGACCUGCGUCAGCGCUGCACAGACGGCCACACCGGAACCUCGGUCUCGGCCCCCAUGGUUGCCGGCAUCAUCGCCUUGGCCUUGGAAGCAAACAGCCAGCUGACCUGGAGGGACGUCCAGCACUUGCUGGUGAAGACGUCCAGGCCAGCCCACCUCAAAGCAAACGACUGGAAGGUGAAUGGUGCUGGUCAUAAAGUUAGCCACCUCUAUGGAUUUGGCCUGGUGGAUGCAGACGCCCUGGUCGUGGAGGCCAAGAAAUGGAUGGCGGUGCCCCCGCAGCACACCUGUGUUGCCAUCACUGACAAGAGGCCCAGGAGCAUCCCGGUGGUGCAGACGCUGUGGACCAGUGCCCUGACCACUGCCUGCGCCGACCACACAGACCAGCAUGUGGGCUUCCUGGAGCACGUGGUGGCCCGCGUCUCCAUCUCCCACCCGCGCCGUGGGGACCUGCAGAUCCACCUGACAUCCCCCUCUGGGACCAGGUCUCAGCUGCUGGCGAAGAGAUUGCUGGAUCAUUCCAACGAAGGCUUUACAAACUGGGAGUUCAUGACUGUGCACUGCUGGGGAGAGAAGGCCGAGGGGGAAUGGACACUGGAAAUCCAAGACAUGCCGUCCCAGGUCCGCAACCGGGAGAAGCAAGGGAAGCUGAGGGAGUGGACCCUCGUCUUGUACGGCACCGCUGAGCACCCCUACACCACCUUCAGCGCCCACCAGUCCCGCCCUCGGAUGCUGGACCUCUCCGCAUCAGAGCUGGAGCCCCCAAGGACCGCCGUGUCACCAUCCCAGGCCGACGUUCCGGAGGAUGAAGAGGACUACACAGGUGUGUGCCAUCCGGAGUGUGGGGACAAAGGCUGUGAUGGCCCCGGUGCAGACCAGUGCCUGAACUGCGUCCACUUCAGCCUGGGGAGUGUCAAGACCAGCAGGAAGUGCGUGAGUGCGUGCCCCCUGGGCUACUUCGGGGACACCGCAGCCCGCCGCUGCCGCCGGUGCCACAAGGGGUGCGAGACUUGCUCUGGCCGGGGCUCCACGCAGUGCCUGACUUGCCGCCGCGGCUUCUACCACCAUCAGGAGGUGAACUCCUGUGUGACCCUCUGUCCCGCCGGAUUUUAUGCUGACGAAAGUCAGAAAAACUGCCUUAAAUGCCACCCAAGCUGUAAAAAGUGCAUUGAUGAGCCAGAGAAGUGUACUGUCUGUAAAGAAGGAUUCAGCCUUGCCCGGGGCAGCUGCAUUCCAGACUGUGAGCCAGGCACCUACUUCGACUCUGAGCUCAUCCGAUGUGGGGAGUGCCAUCACACCUGCCGGACCUGCGUGGGGCCCAGCAGAGAGGAGUGCAUUCACUGUGCCCCGGGCUUCCACUUCCAAGACUGGAGAUGCGUGCCGGCCUGUGGUGAGGGCUUCUAUGCAGAGGACAUGCCAGGGCUGCCCCACAAGGUGUGCCGCAGGUGUGACGAGAGCUGCCUGAGCUGUGAAGGCUCCAGCAAGAACUGCAGCCGGUGUAAAGUGGGCUUCACACAGCUGGGGACCUCGUGCAUCACCAACCACACGUGCAGCAAUGCUGAUGAGAUGUUCUGCGAGAUGGUUAAGUCCAACCGGCUCUGUGAACGGAAACUCUUCAUCCAGUUCUGCUGCCGCACGUGCCUCCUGGCCGGGUAGGGGCGCCCGGCCCCCGCACAGGGCAGGGCCCCUCCCAUCAUCCGUCUGUCCAUCCACCUUUCUCCAGGCUGUCGGCCAGAGCCUGUUUCAGGGAUGGCGCCCCCAUCUGACAGCUUCGUCUCCCCAGGAGCAAGGUCCUUCCUGGCGACUCCGGGCACCCAGGCCAGGCGGGGGCAGGGGGUGCCUGGAGGAGGUGUCCCAGGAGCGGCAACACCCGCCCACACCCCCUCGCUGUCUGCGUUCUGGCCAAGUCACAGCAGGAGCAGCAUGAACUCCGGGGAUCCACAGCUCCUGGGACCAUGCAUUCACUGAAUCUCCAAGACCAAAGCAGAAAGGCCAGCCACGUGGCCCUGAGCAGCACCCUCCUCCCCGUGCUUCCGUGCUGCCCGCAGAGCCUUGGCUGUGCCCCAUGAGGAAGGGCCUGGGGCGCGCCUGCUUCUCUGCCGGCCACCAUUUGGGAGGCGGUUUGGUCAGACUCAAGAGAACAGAUCUGGGAGUGUAAAACCUGUGACCACUGGGGAUGGAGCAUCUGUUUCUCCAUGGUCAGUGACUUCUGAAACCACAGCCAUGGCUUAGAAAGUCACGUCCCAGUGGGGCGAGAUGGAGAGACUCUCCUUCAUCUGCAGCCCUCUCCUCUGACUGGGCCGAGGGCCCCGGGUCACCGCGUCCCACCCACACCUCUGCAAGUCUCAUGGCCUGAACGGUCACCUCUACCUAAUGGAAGGUAGCCCCAACAAGCAAGCAGUUCUUACUACCAAGAUGCAAGCCUGUCCGUGAAUCGCUGGUUGUCAGUCACUUCCCUUCCGUGGAGCUGCUCUGAAAGCCCGUGGGCCCUGCUUUUCAGGACACUUGUCUUAAGGUGGGCUCGCCUGUGUCUGUAUUUGCUGUGAGCCUAUCGACAUGGUUGGAUUUACUUCUGCCAAACCUGUGUGGGCAUUUUAUAAGCUACAUGUUCUAAUUUUUACCGAUGUUAAUUAUUUUGACAAAUAUUUCAUAUAUUUUCAUUGAUAUGCACAGAUCUGCUUGAUGAAGUCCCUUUAAUAUGGGAGUUAACAUUUGCCUUAAAUUUUCUCAAGCUCAUUUUCCAUUUUCGUCCUGCUCCCCUCUGUGACUCUAACACCUUUGACAAGCCACCGAUCAGCUGGGGGAACCCAGCUGUUGUUGACUGAAUCUACAACUCCGAAAAAGAAAUUCACAAGGCAGACAUGGUGUUAACCCUAAAUUAAUAAAAGAGUUAACAUUC